AUGUCUAUAGAGAAUCUCAAGGGUCAGAACAGACAACUUCAUAUCAGACGGAACAAUAUGACAACUGAAGCAAAAUCACCGGUCCGCUGGGGGAUUCUCAGCACAGCAAAUAUCGCAACAAAGGUCGCCCGUGCGAUCCAUCUCGCUCGGAAUGCUGACUUAAUAGCGGUCGCGAGUCGGACCGAAGAACGUGCCGUUGUGUGGGGACAAGAGCAUAAUGUCUCUACGACUUACGGCACCUACGACGCACUCCUCGCUGAUGACGCACUCGAUGCCAUCUACAUUCCCUUACCGCCCACACUUCACGCCGAAUGGACAAUCAAAGCAGCCGAACACGGCAAACACGUCCUCUGUGAGAAACCACUCGCUGCAAACGCUGACGAGGCUAUCGCAAUGGCAGAUGCCUGCCGCCAAAAUGGUGUGCAACUCAUGGACGGUGUCAUGUGGGUUCACCAUGAACGCACCGCGGCGAUGAAGCAGAAGUUGAUGGACGACACCCUCGGACAGCUCCGACGCGUGACAGCGGCGUUUACUUUCAAUUGGGACACAAUUCCUGUUGGGAAUAUCCGCGCAAUGAAGGAGUUCGCAGGUGGAAGUCUCGGAGAUUUAGGCUACUACUGUAUCCGCGCGAUUCUCUGGGCAUUUGAGGAGAUGCCAACACAGGUUUUCGCGACGGCACGUUACAAAGUCGGAGUGGAUUUUAACCUUACGGGUAUCCUCUGGUUCAGCGAUGAACGCAUCGCUACCUUAGAUUGCGGGUUUGAUACAGGACUUCGAAAAUGGUUUGAGGUUGCUGGCACGCGUGCCUCAAUCGUUUGUGAUGAUUUCACCGUCCCUACAUCUGAGGACUCCGCUCGGUUUUGGGUUCAUGGGUCGGACGGAAACGAGCAGAACACUAUCGAAGGCGGCAUCCAAGAGGUCACAAUGAUUGAGCGGUUCUCUCAUAUCGUGCAAUCUGGGAACCUUGAGGAAAAGUGGUCUGAAGUGGCAGUAAACACAAUGCGUGUCUGCGAUGCGCUCCUUGAAUCAGAUCGACGUAAAGAAGUGGUCAAACUGUAA